UGUUGUUGUUGUGAGUCGAAGCGGCUUUUGGUUUAUUGAUUUGCUUGUUUGCACCUGACUUUUGAAUAGAACGUCCCAUGGCACGCGAUUCUCGCCGCUUGUGAAUCGCCGGUAGCCCCCAAACCCAAGGACAUUGGUCAUUUUGGCCCCCAAAUCCCACCGCAUUUGGUUUGGCGACCCGCACCCGUUUGCUUUUCAUGACCAAAACGGCCGCUGCGAUUCAAACGAAAUUCAAACGGAGCUUAUCCGCAAAAACAUUCGCGCAGCGUCAAUCAGUCGAAGCGGUACUUAAUCGGUGAUACGAAUAUAUUUUUAUAUAAACCAUGUCGGAGGAAAACAUGGGCGUUACAAAAAUCAGGGGAGCAGAAGGAUCGGGAUUCGGAUCUGGAAACGGAGCAAGUGCCUCAGAAACGGACAAUGUGACCGCACUGGAGCUGCAGUCCAACAAGAGGAUGCUCUACUUCAGCGAUGGAGUUAUGGAGGAGUUAUCCUCCAGCGAGGACGAAGCGGAUGCGGAAAUGGUCGACAAGUCCUACGAUGUCCAUUUAAAUGAGAGCGAAAUGGCGUUGGGACCACGCCUCCGCUACAAGGCCAGUCGAAUGGGCAACCGAUUCCUGGCUGGGAUCGACUACGUGGGCGGCGGACUGGCCUCCCUGCUGGGAAUCACCAGCAGCAAGUAUGCCAGCGAAAUGGAAAACUACCAGAGGGCCUAGGAAAAUGGCGACGAGGACCUUGACAAUUGGCAACAACCUCAGGCAUUGGCAAGCGCCAACAACAACAACCAUAAUAAUAACCGGAAUGAGACCAUCGUUUUGUGCGGUCCAACACGCAGUGAGGCGGCCUUGCCACCCACUCGGCAAUAGGCGAAAAUCGGCCACCCUUUGAUUGGGUGGGGUUUUCUUGACCGACCGGAGACGGGAACAAAUGCUCAUGGAGUAAAGGCGACACUUGGAGACUCUUUUUUACUUGGUAUAACCCUCAAAGAAACGAAUCAAACGAAAACAGAUCUUAACUUUUCGACACUUUAUUCGCUAGCAAAUAAGUUACAUAUAAUAAUAAAAAAUACACAUACAAAAUA